AUGUCGCUACCCCUGAUCUCGCAGCUGCUCUGUCCGAUCCGUGGUCCUUUGAUCCAGAAGCAGGGGCCGUACCCGUCGGACCGGGAUGUUCGCCGUUAUGCGGCGGGAAUGUACGCCGAGUACUGCGAGUAUUGCAGAGGUUUGUGUGGCCGCACGCAGGACUCGGUGACGGAGUUGCUGGCGCAGUUCGAAGCAGAAACUCAAGACAACACCGCAGCGGAAGUGCUCUGGUUGCUGGAGUACCACUAUGUGCGCAUCCCAAGCGCACGUACAGAGGUGCGGGAGUUCUUUUCGGCAAUCUUCGAAUGCACGGUCGAGGAGUACGGGUGGACUUGUCCACUGGUGUUUUGCAAAUGGAAAAACGGUUUCCUUUCUUUUGGUAAAACUGGAAGGUUUUCCUUUAUUCGCUUUUGCCAGUGCCUGCAUCUUCUUGCCUCGGUACAUGUCGUGAAGCUCUGUGCAUCCGCACUCCGCUUUGGAUCAAGUUGCAGCGAACUUGAAGAGUUCCGUCAGUACUUUGAGUGCUCGCUGCUCAGCUUGGUUCGUGGUGCCUCUGUGGAAGCCAAAAAGGACGUCGAUAGUGCGAGAUCAGACUUCAUCGAAGCACUGCAAUCUUUCAGGGACGACACCCUUGAAGCUUUGACUGCUCUGCACGAGCGUGCUGACCUUCUGCUUGAGAAUCAGUUUAGGCUGCAGAACCAGUUUGUGUUCUUGCAACAGCGCCUUACUCGGCUUGAAGGAGAACCGGACUUCACUGACGGGCCGUGCUGCCCGGACGGGGGCUUUGCUGGCGAGAUGUCCUCCAGGCCCACUGACCCUGAUGACAGGUCUCGCUUGGGCGGGCCACGUGGUGGCCCAUAUGCUGAUCGUAGACUGCCUGGGGUUGGCUCCAGGCCUAGUCCCCCUCCCUCCUUCGGGUAUCUUCGGUUUAGGUCCGCACCGCCCCUCCCCGAGUCGGGCAUUCCUUGCCCACCUGUGAAUCGGCACGUGCAUUUGAGGCCCCCGGCACUGCCGGCCCGUGCAGCCCCUUUCACACCGCCGUUUCAAGCCUUGCCUGAGCUUCAGGCUGCACCUCCAUUGCCCAAUCCGCAAGGAAUGGUGGUGUCGGUAUCGAACAAGCGCCCGCGCGCCAGCAAGCAGGAUGGUCGCGGGAUGCAGGCCAUUCGUGCACACUCAGCGGCCUGCUCUCAGAUUGCUGUGAACCUCAUGCUGCAGCUUCUUGCCUUCUUGGGGUCUGAAUCUAGCUUUUUCUCCGCCAUCCAAUCAGCAGUGCAUUUCGAUGCACACGUGCGCCGUGUACUUGCAGGUUUUGCCGCAACGACUGUCAUCAGGUACAUCACUACCUUUAACUCCUUUGCUAAAGCUUGUGAGGACUUGGAUGUGUGUCUUCUUGAGAUUACUGCAGUGCAAGCGGCCGACAUCUUGGUCACUUUGCAGCUUCAAAGACAGGAGGAUCCGACUGUCGGAUCGUCGGCAAUCACUUGCAUCAAGGCCGUACGGUGGGUUUGCAAGAACACCCAGUGCAUUGUGUUUGAGGUUUUCUUUGGCGAGCUGAUUUCAUCCUUCUUGAAGACCAAAUUGCCUAAGGACCGCAGGGAGAGCCUACCCCUGCCGCUGUAUGCUCUUGUGCAGUGGGAACGGCGCAUCCUUCAGCGCUCCACCCCAGUGCGGGACAUAGUACUGCUCGGUGCUUUUUUGGUCACAUGUUGGGCGAGUCUUCGCUUUGCUGACAGCCAGCGCAUCGAAUGGAGCUCAUUUGCUUUCGACGUGGUUUCGCUUCGGGCCAUUGCAUACCAGACGAAAACUUCGCAUCAGGGCCAACCCUUCGGCCUAAUCACUCAAGGCUUCUUGCAUCAUGGCACACACUCCUGGGUGGCUAGGUGGCUCCGGGUUCUUGAUUCCAUCGCUUCGCAGGAGGUGCGCGACUUUGGGGUGGCUCCUAGCUUUCUGUUUCCGGCACUGGACGAUGACGCCGAGUUGCUCCGGCCCCUGGAGCCGAUGAGUUACCCUUCAUGCUUGCGCUGGUUGCGCUAUUACUUGCAGUUUCCUUGGAUGGUGUCUCCACCCGAGGUGCCCGUAUCAAACUAUACGGUGCACUCCAUGAAGUGUAGCCUCUUAAGUUAUAUGCUUGAGGUGCCGGACAUCCGCGGCCCAGACAGGGACGCUCAAGGACAUCAUAGGGGGAGUAGCAGGGAACUCUACAGCAGAGAUGACGUGCUAGGGGCGCUCCGCGCUCAGACACAAUUGAGGUCUGCUGUCUUGGCGGAUUUUCGCCCAAGGACGCCAUUGCACCGUGGAGCACAGCUGCCUAUGGCACCGAUCCCUUUUACUUUGGAAGCCUUCAGCAAGGAGAUCGAUCCUGCACCGUGGGGUUUCUUUUCCUUCGAUGUUGGUGUCCCCGGGUCGCUCCCCUGGGUUCCCGGUCAAUCUUCGGCAUGCGCUGCGGAAACACCUGCUGCAGAGGCCAGCACCAAGGCUGCAGAGCCCUCCUUGCCGGACUCCGCAUCGGAGGCUGGAUCUGAGUCAAGUCUUGAGUCCGAGGCAGGGCCCGCGUCGCUCGGCCCCCCAGAUGAGGUGCACAUGGUCGCCGCAACAGGCGUUGUGCACGCCGCAUGCCCGUCAGGUGAGAGGACACUUUGUGGCAUCGGUAUGUCGGGCCCACGUUGGCAGUCGGUCCACUCUCUUAGUUCCAAACAUGUUCUCUGCAGGCGAAAUGCCUGUGUCAAUGCAUUCGCUGCUCUGGAAGCUUAG